GUCCACCGGUAGUGAUCAUGGAGCUAUAAAAGGUGGUGUUCAUCACACCUUUGAGUCAGAAUUCGUCACAACACCGGGUGUGUUCAGAUACUGCUGAAACUCCUGCCUCCACAAGGAUGGAUCAUUCAUCUCAAAAGAAGGAAGAGGAAGGGUCAUCAACAAGUCAUCAUGCUGUUCAGCAGAGCCCAGAAAGGGAAAGACACACUUUCACGUUCAAGUACAAGGACAAGUCGUACAUUGUGGCAUGUGACAAAUCCCAGACUGUGAUUGAUGCUCUCAAUGAUAAUGGUAGCUUUAAGAAAAUUAACAACAACAACAACAUGCAGACAGAAAUAAUUAUAAAAAGAUCUGAAGGGAAAUUCCAUGGAGCUGCUGUGAACACUGAUUUCCCCUGCUGUCUUAUUGAAAGAGAUGAAGUCUUAAAUAUACAAUUCAUCACAAGAGAAAAAAAUGCUUCUAUAGAACAAAAAUCAACUGAGAAGACUUCACUUCAACAUCAAAAAUUAGUUGUCCUCUACAUCAGAACAAAAGGAGAGGGCAAAAUGAAAAUCAUAAUAAAGAGCACAACACUGAGGACAGUUGACUAUGUUUGUGUGUAUGCAUUUGUAGGAGAGACAUUGGAAAGUGCACUUUGGCGUGAUGGGCGAUUUGUGGAUGAAAUAUUUGUCAGAGGCUCUGAGCUCAUAGAGUAUGAUGAUAAAAAAGAAAGAUACAUAAUUUCCUUGGUUGUAGAUUCUGCUUGGAAUGAAAAACGUUUCCAGGUGAAGGUUAAUAGUGUUGGUAAAAAGCAGCAACCUGGCAAAAAGCAUUUAAGUAGUGCAAAGAAGGAAAGUAUUGAAGCUCCAGCUGGUGCUCUGGCAGUUGAACCCAAUGUCCAUCAAAGUCAAUAUCCCGUCAACACUGAACAAAAGGAGACUCAAAAGGCAAAGAUGAUAAAAUCAACAAAUCAGAGUGGGGCUCAAGUUACUGGGGAUUUAGAGAACACUGAGUACAAAAUUCUGUGUAAAGAUAUAUUGGAGAAGCUAAAAGACCCCGAGGUUAGAAAGUUGUACCAAAAAGAAUUUGAUAAAGGCUUUAAGAGUUUCACUGAGGUGACGAAAGUGAAGCAGCUCAUGAUCCUGUCUGAUUCUGUAUGUCUGAUUGGAGUUGAGCCGAGUAAAGAUGAGCAGAUUGCUGGUGAGCAGAUUGCUGGUGAGCAGAUUGCUGAAGUUGAGCGCUCAGGCCUAGGAACUGGCUUCUUACUCUUUGACAAAUUUAUCCUCACUAAUGCACAUGUUGUUAUGAGCUUCGUUUGUCCCCCAUCAGAGCAUCAACACACAUUUAGUCUGUUAAGGCCCAUAAAGGUAGCAUUUAAUUAUGAAUAUUCAAAAUCACAGGCAAUAGUACUGCGAUGCAAAAACGACCUUGCUGCUUACCGUUAUGAGAAAGACAAACAUAUUGAUUACGCUCUUCUUGAAUUGGAUAUUGAUGAAUCUAUUUCUGUUAACUGUUCUCAAUUGCUCAGAAAUUACAAACAUGCCCCUCCUAAUGCACCUCCUAAUAGUGGUGGGAUUUACAUUGUGGGACAUCCAGAUUGUGGGGUUAAAAAAAUGGACCCCUGCUUCAUCAUUGAGAUUGAGAAUCGAUUACAGGCUAUAAAUAAUCACAUAUCUCAGAAUAGGUUAUAUCCAUAUGUGUCAUUGCAAUGUUGGCCUUAUCUUAAAGAAAACGACAUUACCUAUGACACUUGUUUCUUUCAUGGAUCUUCUGGCUCCCCAGUUUUUGAUGAAUACUGCUAUCUGAUUGGUAUGCACACUGGUGGAUUUGAUUACAAAGAAGGUGAUAUAACCAGAAGUGUUAUAGAAUUUGCCUAUUCCAUGCAGUCCAUCCUAGAAAGUCUCAAAAAUGAGGUCAAGACAAAGAGACCUGACAUCUUAAACUUACUUUCUGAAUUUGAAUUUAUGAAAGAACUCCCUGAGGAAACUGAGGGUGCACGUGGAGCAAACAUGCCCAUGGAGGAACAAUUCCAGAAUCAAGAAGAUGUGAAAAUGGAAAUAGAUUAAAAGGACAUUGGGGUUCGGAGUCGUGUUUAAAGCAACCCACACAUUUAUCUUUUUCUUGUGUAUUAAUAAUAAUGAUGAUCCUAGUCUUUGAAGAAGUUUUUAUUUUAAUUUUUUUAAACGGCAAAU